GCAGCAUCUUCUAGCAACCGCAAUGUCGUUUGUGCGCAACUUAUGGGGCGCAUUACCCCAGAAAGCAGCUAGCUAUGGGUCACUUGCCGCUAACAUGGCCGCCUCUGCCCCAAAGAGACCGCUCACUUUGUUUCCUGCUACUAUGCAGCAGCGCUUCCAGUCUACCUUCCAGUUUGACCCAGCCAUGACAGCUAUUACUGGAGAAGGCGAAGAUCCCAAGGAUAUCGCCAGACUUCGUAAGCUUAGAAACAUUGGUAUCUCUGCUCAUAUUGAUUCUGGCAAGACCACCUGUACCGAGCGUAUCUUGUACUAUACCGGAAGAAUUAAGGAAAUCCAUGAUGUCCGUGGCCGUGAUGGUGUUGGUGCUAAAAUGGACUCUAUGGAAUUGGAACGUGAAAAGGGUAUUACUAUUCAAUCUGCCGCUACCUUUGCCACUUGGGGCGACUACAACAUCAAUAUCAUCGAUACCCCAGGUCACGUUGACUUCACCAUUGAGGUUGAACGUGCUCUUCGUGUUCUUGAUGGUGCUGUCAUGAUUCUCUGUGCUGUGUCUGGUGUUCAAUCUCAAACUAUUACUGUUGAUCGUCAAAUGCGUCGUUAUAAUGUUCCCCGUAUCUCUUUUAUCAACAAAAUGGACCGUGCUGGUGCGAAUCCCUUCAGAAUUAUCGAUCAAAUUAGACAGAAGCUUAAGCUGUGUGCUGCUGCCCUUCAGAUUCCUAUUGGUGCCGAAGAUCAAUUCCGCGGUGUCGUUGAUUUGGUUAAAUGGAAAGCUUACUACAACGAGGGUGAAAGAGGUGAAACUCUUGUCGUCAAGGAUAUUCCUGAGGAACUCAUGGAACUUGCUACCGAGAAGAGACAUGAACUGAUUGAACAACUUGCCAACGUUGAUGACGAAAUCGCUGAUAUCUACCUACUUGAAGAAAUUCCUACUACAGAACAAUUUAUGACCGCUAUUCGUCGCUCUACCCUCGCUCUCAAGUUUUCUCCUGUUUUGAUCGGUUCUGCUUUCAAAAAUCACGGAGUUCAACCGCUCUUGGAUGCUGUCAUUAAUUACUUGCCCGACCCUACUGAAGUUACCAACACGGCUUUGGAUAUUUCCAACGAAGAGAAGCCUGUGCAUCUUAAGCCUUUCUCUGAUCACCCAUUCGUCGGUCUUGCCUUCAAGCUGGAGGAGGGACGUUAUGGACAGCUUACUUACAUGCGUAUCUACCAAGGAACUUUGAAGAAGGGAUCAUUCGUUACCAAUGUUAAGACAGGAAAGAAGAUUAAGGUUCCUAGACUGGUUCGUAUGCACUCUGAAGAAAUGGAGGAUGUCGACGAACUUGGUGCUGGUGAAAUUGGUGCUAUCUUUGGUGUUGAUUGUGCUAGCGGUGAUACCUUCACCGACGGCUCCCUGAAGUAUGCCAUGACUUCUAUGUUUGUUCCCGAACCCGUCAUUUCCUUAUCUUUGGCUCCCAAUGGCAAAGAAACUCCCAACUUUUCCAAGGCUCUCAAUCGUUUCCAAAAAGAAGAUCCCACUUUCCGCGUCCAUGUUGAUAAGGAAAGUAAGGAGACUAUCAUUUCUGGUAUGGGUGAAUUGCAUCUUGAUAUCUAUGUUGAGCGCAUGAAGCGUGAAUACAAUGUGGACUGUGUUACUGGCAAGCCUCAAGUUGCUUUCCGUGAAACAAUUCAGGAAUCUGCCAAGUUUAACUACACCCACAAGAAGCAAUCUGGUGGUGCUGGUCAAUUCGGUAAGGUCAUGGGCUUCAUCGAGCCAAUGACACCUGAAGAGGAUACUGGCAAAGACACUGAAUUCGACAACCGUGUUGUUGGAGGUAACAUUCCCACAAACUUCAUCCCCGCUUGUGAAAAGGGCUUCCGUGAUGGUUUAGAGAAGGGACCUCUUAUUGGACACCCUGUCAAUGGUGUCCGCAUGGUUCUUGAAGACGGUGCUGCUCACUCUGUCGAUUCCAGUGAAUUGGCUUUCCGUAUCGCCACCAGAGCUGCCUUCAACGACGCCUUUUCCAAGGCAAAGCCUGUUAUCCUUGAACCCGUCAUGAACGUUGCCAUCACUGCUCCUAUUGAAUUCCAAGGUACUGUCAUUGGUGGAUUGAACAAGCGCAAGGGUACUGUUGUCGAUACCGAGAUCCAGGAAGACUACUUCAACGUCACUGCUGAUGUUGCUUUGAACAACAUGUUUGGCUACUCCACUGAGCUUCGCUCUGCUACUCAAGGCAAAGGUGAAUUCUCCAUGGAAUACAAGGAACAUCAACCUGUCAUGCCCUACGUUCAGGAAGAGCUUAUCACUGAAUACAAAAAGAAGCAACAAGCAUCCAAAUAAGGAUGUGAUAUCUAGACUUUAUACAUUCAAUUCUACAUCAUACAUAACAUACAUUUAGAUAACAACAACCCCACACCAAAAGACCCCAUUUCCCCAUCAAAAUAGUAUCUUUGAUAGAUUUUUUACUUUGUUUUUUCCCGUUUUUUUAUUAUCUUGCACAAUACACUCAGUCUUUCCCCAUUAAUGGUUUAUAAUUCAAUUUACAUGAUGCAGCAGCUUGGAAAGGUACGGUCAACCUCCGCUG